AUGUUUAUUUAGUCUCUUAUGUAGAACAUCUUAUAUUUUUCUUUAUCUUUUUUUACAGAUACAUAAAUGGUCUCAUCUUGCUUACAUUGACUUUCUCCUUGUAUGUCAUCCUUUACAAUUUUGAACUCUGUGUCAAGCCUGCUAAGCCCUCUGAAACCUUUAAUAAUGUUGUAACUCAAAAAAGUUCCUAUUAUAUGACUGCAUCACCAUCUGUGACCAAACACAUUUCACCACAUUAUCAUGUAGCUCAUCCACUCAAUUAUCAUUUCAUCCUGAACGAACCCGAUAAAUGUAGUCAGUGGAAUCCGUUUCUGGUCUUUAUGGUCCCUGUGGCCCCCCAUCAGCUGGAGGCUCGUAAUGCCAUCCGGAGCACAUGGGGGAAUGAGAGCUCAGUGCAGGGAAAAGCAGUGCUGACUCUGUUCUUGGUGGGUUUGACUGGAGGAGCUGAAGCUCAACAGCAGCUGGAGGAAGAGAGUCGACAACACAGAGAUUUAGUGCAGAGCAACUUUGUGGACUCCUACUUCAAUCUGACCAUAAAGACCAUGGUGAUCAUGGACUGGCUGGCCACUCGUUGCCCUCAAGCAACUUAUGUUAUGAAGGUUGAUUCUGACACGUACAUAAACCUGGAGAACCUGAUGAGCCUCUUACUGUCACCCAACACACCCAGACAGAACUACAUCACAGGCCAUUUGAUGUGGAACCAAAAUGUCGUUAGAAACAAAAAAUCUAAGUGGUUUGUCUCACAGGAGCUGUACCCUGAAACGAAAUACCCCACAUAUGUGCAGGGAGCAGGAUAUGUUUUCUCCAAUGACCUGCCAGAAAAAAUAGUGGAAAUUUCCAAGGAAGUAAAACCCUUUAAAAUAGAAGACGCAUAUGUGGGUGCUUGUCUGAAACGAUUAGGCUUUGCACCCUCAUCUCCCCCAGACCCUUCACAGUUUAGACUCCAUAUGAUACAAUAUAAGCGAGAGGAUUUUCUCAGGAUUAUUUCAGUGAUAGUGGGAUCUCCACAGCAGAUACUGAAUAUCUGGAAGGAUGUAAAGAGGCCCACAUAAAAGAACAUGACCAGAAACAAACAAAAAUAAAAAAAAUACAAAAUUUCAGUUUAAAAACAAGUAAUGUUUCGCUGCAUCAAAACAACGCCGCAGGACCAGUGAAUCCUGAUACUUAAAUGGAUUACUUUUAUGGGCCAAGUCUGUUCAAAAACACAAAGCAUGGUUCUACUAAUGAAAUGGACCGUCAUAGUUCAAAAAGAUAAUUUUCUGGUCCUUGAAUCUGAUUGGCUGAGAGGAGUGUGGUAUUCAAGUGAUAUCAGAGCUUUAAUCAUUGUUUGCAGUAUUUCCCACAGCGAGUGUCACAGCAGAAGCCCAAACAGCUAUAUUUUUAUAAAUAAUACUGUUAUUAUAUUAUAGAAUGUAGUUUUAAGAGUUGUUUCGCAUGCACUUCUUUUAGAACCUACUCUGUUGUAGGAGCUAAUUUGCAUGUAGUUCCCCCAAAUGGAGUUCCGAGAACUACAUACAAAUACAAUGCAAACACGCCAAAGAGCAUGAACUUCCGCCAAUAGUUCUAGGAAGCUAUGAAAAGGUUCCUCCGUUGUGAAUGUGCCUUAUUUCAGGUAGAUUUGUGAAGUAUGGAUCCACACACUCUAAUGGCUAAUAUUACCCAUCCACUACGCUUUGGCAAAGGAUUUGGUUCAGAACUACAAACAUGAAAAAAAAAUACAAACACUGGUCAUUAACAUUGAAAUGAAUCAUUAUGCAGCGAAUAUGAGGAGAGUUAUCCGCAUGAAAGACCUGCGGCUGGCAGAUCAGCGUGCUUCUUUUCUCUCCAAUAUGGUAGAAAGUUAAAUUAAAUGAAAUGUGGAGGGUGACAAGAUGAUUGAUAGGUCAGUUUACAGUGACAGUAUGUGUGUAACAGGUGCAACAGAGCGUCCCCAAAAAC